CAACUGUUGACGUUCCUGGCGCGGAUUUUUGAAAACAACAAGAAUAAAUGUGCCUUUAUUUUGAAUCCACAUAACUGCUCAGUAUGGCCUCUAUACGAGAUUAUAAUGUGGUGGAGCAGUUCAACAGCAGACUGGAGGAGAUCCGGAGCAAACUGCUCGAUCAGGCAAUAGGAGAGGUGCUCAAUGACACGGCUGCAGAGCUCUGUCAAGAACACCGACGCUACAUGAAGUCUGUCUUGGAUACUUGCGUAAAGAAAUGCAAGGAGGAUGAAACCAUGUUUGACAGAAUACAUGCUUACCAAGAAGAUAUGAAGGAUAAAAUGUCUUUAUUGAAAGAGAAGAGCGUUGAACAUCUUGAGGUCGUGUCAGAGAUUGAAGACAAGGAGCACCACAAAGUACUCUUAAUUCAGAGGAUUGAGAAGUUGAAGAUGGAUCAGGCCAAAAACAAGGAAUUGAUUCAGUCACAAAAUAAAGCCAACAAAGACAGACUGAAGAAGCUGAACAAAUGUAAGGAUGUCUUUCAAAAACACCUGAAUCUUGAGAUCAGAAAAAUCCAAGGUGAGAAGCUCCAGUUUGUCUUCAGGAACAUCAGUCGUAAAGAUCCAGACAUUGUCCAUACAUUCCUCCUACAGCUUGAUGCGGAGGGCGUUUACAACAUCAUCUCCUGUGAUCCUUCUCUAGAGAAAAUGGCACAUCUAGAGCGCAGACUGCAGGAGACCAACAAUUUUUCUGCUUUCCUCGCGAAUGUCAGGAGAGAGUUUGUGGCACUUCACAGUAGUGCAAAGAUGGCCUGACUGAUGAAGUGCCGAUGACUUAUUCGUUUUAGAGCCAUCACCACUUUGUGUGAUCAUUUGAAACUGUCAGAGACCAAGACAACAUAUUUAUAGGCAUAAUUAUCAAAUAUAUCAUUUUAUUUACCUGCAUCAUCUGUAAUUAUUAUGACAACAUUUUAAACAUCUGAUUUCAGUUUUUUUGUCCAUUCAAUGGUUUAUUUGCAUUUUAACAUAUAUAUAUAUAUAUAUAUAUUAUACACACACUGGCAGCCAAAGGUUUGGAAUAAUGUACAGAUUUUGCUGUUUCAGAAGGAAAUUGGUACUUUAAUUCACCAAAGCAUCAUUCAGCUCAUCACAAAGUAUAGUCAGAUACUAAAAAAAACAGCACCAUCAGUAUUUGAAAAAAGUAAUUUAUGAUGAAAUCUAGACAGGCCCCAUUUCCAGCAGCCAUCACUCAAACACCUUAUCAUUGAGUAAUUAUGCUAAAUUGCUAAUUUGGUGCUAGAAAAUCACUUGCAACUAUAUCAAGCACAGUUGAAAGCUAUUUGGUUCAUUAAAUGAAGCUGGACAUCGUCUUUGUGUUUGUUUUUGAGUUGCCACAGUAUGCAAUAGACUGGCAUGACUUAAGGUCAAUAUUAGGCCAAAAUUGGCAAUAAAGAAACAGCUUUCUCUAGAAACUCAUCAGUCAAUCAUUGUUGGAGGAAUGAAGACUAAACAAUGCUUGAAAUUGCCAAAAAACUUUGAUUUUAUACAAUAGAAUACACUACAGUCUUCAAAGACAAAGGACAACUGACUCUAACAAGGACAGAAAGAGAUGUGGAAGACCAGAUGUGCAACUAAACAAGAGGAUAAGUACAUCAGAGUCUCUAGUUUGAGAAAUAGACGCCUCACAUGUCCUCCGCUGACAGCUUCAUUGAAUUCUACCCGCUCAACACCAGUUUCAUGUGCAACAGUAAAGAGAAGACUCAGGUGUGCCUUAUGGGAAGAACUGCAAAGAAAAGGUUGGAGUGGGCAAAGAACACCGAUAUUGGACAAAAGAUAAUUGAAGAGUUUUUUUGUUGAACUCUUUGAAGUACCGUAGUAAUUUUUUGAAUUUUUUUUUUUCAAAUUGUAAUAGUAAUGUUUCGUGUUAUUAAUGUCCUGACUAUACAUUGUGAUCAGUUGAAUGCCACUUUGGUGAAUAAAAGUACCAAUUUCUUUCCAUAAGAGCAAAAUCUGUACAUUAUUCCAAACUUGCUGGCUGUGUGUAUGUAUGUAUGCAUGCAGUGUGUGUGUGUGUGUAUAUAUAUAUAUAUAUAUAUAUAUAUAUAUAUAUAUAUAUAUA